CUCUUUGGUCUAUCUUUUCGACAGUCAUAAACAUGCAAAUUGAUGAUCUGAUUCACUCUUUUACUGCAAAUCUUCACAACCAAAUACCCAGUCUGAUGCCAGCAGCAGCAGUCAUGUUAUUCUCACCGGCUCUACAGGCACCUUGGGCUCAUAUAUUCCAUCUUCGCUGCUACAGGAUGAUUCUAUUUCAUGCGUCUUCUGUCUGAAUCGAUCCAAAAAAUGGCAAAUCAAAACAGACAGACUCUUUCAGGCAAAAGGGCUUACUGUCAGAUCCCCUGCC